UAAUUAAAUAUUAAAUUAAAACGGUGAGCCGUACCAUUAAGACAAAGUUACAGAUAAAAAUUAACGAGCAAAUUUGUCUUGUGUAAUAUUACCAGCCUAAUCUUUAAAUCUAUAGCUCGCGUAACCAUACUUGAGGAUUACGACGAAAACAAUUUAUUCUCCUAUCUUUUUAGCAAAAGUACCACUCACAAAAUCAACAAAUUGCAGAUAUUCCACAACUGAAUUCUGUUAAUAUAUUAAUUAUUAUUAUUAUUAUUGUGUUGAAGUCUUUUUAGUCUAAAGUCCAUCAAAAUUAAUUUUCUAUUAAGACAUUAAUUGUUUUACUUGUUUAUUUUUGAAUAUUGAUAGUUAAAAUUUUUAAUAAGGGUUCUUUUUGAACGUUGAUUAUUUUAAAUCGAUUGUUACACAUCAUCAUUGAUCUUUCAGGAAUAGUCAUAGAGUAACUUUAAUCUAAAUUAUAAUCAACACUUGUCGAUAUAUCAUAAGCAAGAUACAUCAUCAUGGCAGGGUUUAAACCGGGUUUUAACUCAUUAUCAUUUAUAUUAAUCUUAAUAUCGUUUGUGUUUCUUUUAUUAGCAACUAUAUCAUCACCAAUAGUUUCUUCUUUCAAUUUAGGUAAAACUAGUUCUCAUACUUAUGGUAUUUUUGGCUUUUGUAAAAUCAGUGAUAACUCUUGUUCAAAAGCAACUUAUCCUUAUACAUUAUCUGGGGUCGAUGAUAAAACUGAUAAUUGGUUCUUAGAUUCUACAACCAGAGAUACUUUGGCUAAAAUAUUUAUCAUUGCUCCUAUUGCAUUAGGAUUUAAUUUCAUAUCUUUGGUAGUAAUAAUUAUAAGUCAUUUCCAAAUAAAACCAGCCAUAAUUGGGGGAAUAGUUGUUAAUUUGUUAGCUUUUAUUUUGACUACAUUAGUUGCUGUUAUUGUUAUUAUUACUUUCUACCCUAAUUUAGGGUGGACUGGUUGGAUUUUAAUUGGUUCUGCUGCUGCUACUUUAAUUUCAUUUAUUUUUAUGAUAUUAACUUUAUUAUUCCACCAAGAGGAAGAUAGCGAAUUGGAUGUUUAUGAUGAUUCGGAUGUUGUUGAAAAUAAAUUUACUAAUUAUAGUGACAAGGGACUAGGUGGAGGAUUUAACAGUACAUUCAAUGCCCCAAUUACUUCUAAUACUCUUGCAACCGCUACAAAUAAUUACUCAACAAAUAAUACUUUUGAAUCUUCAUCUAUAGAAAAGGAUUACGAAUAUAAACAAAAGACAGCUUCUCAAACUCAAGCUUAUGAUAGAUCUGUUAAUAGCAAUACUUCACUUUACAAUAAUAGACCUCAAAUUGCUAAUGACUUUACUAAUAAACCAGUCGUCCAACCUUACUAUAGUGUAGUAACAGGUAGUGAUCAUGGUUCAAAGGUUACUUUGGAUCAACAACAACAACAACAACAACAACAAGCACCUUACCCUAAAACAAAUCAAUAUCCAACUAGCGUAUUUGAACAUCAUCCUGAAGUUGAAGGCCACAAACCAUUUACUGAAUUAGAUGAUGAAUAUUAUCAAGAUGUCGAAGAAGAACUUGAUGAAAGUGUUCCAUUAAAUAGAAAUGGAACAGGAUCUGAUGCUGAUUCUGAUUUCACUAGUGUAAGUCAAAGAGCUGUUAAUCCUCAAUUUUAUGGUCAUCAAGUGCCUGCUCAAAAUCAAUAUCAACAACAAUACUAUCCUAACGCACAACAAUUCCAACCUCAUUUCCAACAAACUAGUCCAACUUCAUUCCCUCCACAACAAGGUCAAUAUCAACAACAACCCGUAUACUAUAAUUCUUACCAACCUCAAGCAGCUCCAAGAGCUCCUCAAAGUACUAUUUCUGAUAAUGUUUUAUCUCAAAAUCCAGACUUUGCUGUAGGACCAGCUAAAAGAAGAGUACAACCAGGAUUUGUACCAGUUGCUUCUAGAAGUAAACCGGGAAAUCAAAUGAAUGCUAGUUCUUUAAUGGGUAGAGGAUCAACAAGAAGUGGAAGUGGAAGUGGUAGUGGACCUUAUGGUGCAGCUUUUUAGAUAAAAGUUAUUAACCUACUUGGUUUGUCUUUUUUAUAAGUUUUUGUUAUAAUUUAUUUCUUUAGCUUCUUUAUUGUAUUUCUUAUUUAUAUGUAAUUACGUUUAAUAUUUUAUAGUACUUUUUGAUUUGAGGUCAA